UCCAGGUCUAGUUGUAGCAUCUAUCUCCAGCCUUUUAAAGACCGUAACCAUGAAGGUCAGCAAGGCUCAAGCUGUGGCUGCACACACAGUUGCAGGAUGGAAACUUAUUCAGCCCUGUGCUCCAAGAGACUGCACUGCAGUUUCUGUCAGAUCUCAGCAGCAGGCCACAUGGACAACACGAUGAGUUCAUUUGCAUCCUCUCCUCCUUUAUCCAGUUCUUCACUGUGUACUUCCUCCUCAAAGUUAUGCUCAUCUGUACGUCAUAAGCAACAGAACUCCCACUGUUGUUCUGUUUGUCAACACCAUGUCUGUCUGACACAUGUCAGGAAUACAAUAGAGAGAGAUUUUAAGGAUUGUUCUGCCCCAAACAGGGAUCAGAGCCCUUCUCCUCCCCCUCUUUCCCCAAUCCCCUCUGAUCAUAAGAAAACUAACGAAAAGCCACCUUCUCUCUUUCACCUCAGACAGGCAGAGGAAGCUGAUCUAAUAGUUAAAAAUAGACCUGCAAAUGUAAGCUGCAUGGCUGCAGGUUUGGAUGCAGCUGCAAAGACCGAGUUGCAGUGUAGGACUACAGGAAGUAGUCGGGCAGAACAGAACUCGAGCAGGACUUUACUCCGAGAUGUCAUGAAUCGCUUCAGUCAAAAACUGGAGACCAUCACACCUCUGGACAAGGAUCCCACUCUAGUUUCCUCAACCAGUCAAAGCUUACAGUUUCAUGGUGAUGCUCAUCUAACUGAAAUCAUCACCACUGUGCUUCAUACAGGCAAUGCUAGUGACUACAACCUGAACGAGCUGUUUAACCGCCACAAUAACGGAGAGCCCAAGUCACCUAAUACUCGUUCUCGUCGUCGGCAGGAAAUUCAGAAGGCUCUAGCAACACCUUCUGAUGGUGCUUCACCCAGAAGACAUGCCUUAGAAAUCAAACGAAAGCUAGCCAUGCUAGAUCCAUCCUGCAACAGAAGAAAGGUGACCCUAGCAAAGAAAGCAAGAUUGAGAAAUGGAAAUGUUGCCAUAACUACAUCAGGCUCUUUGUCAGACCCAAAUUUAAUAAAAGAUAUGUCUAAAACAAAAACAGAGGAAGUAAAAGGGGAGGACAAAGAUGGGAAAAUAUUCCAGGGGCAAAAGAAGCCUGCUGUCUCUAAUACUCAGCACCUCUCUGAGCAGCAGAACAUGAAUGAAAAGACAGACCCAAAAGAUGAUUCUAUGAAAACAGAGAUGGUACCAGUGACAGUCAGGUGUGCCAAAAGGACUCCUAGUCCUUGCAAAGAGAAUUGUAAGCGUAGAAAUGUGUCAAGUAACAAGAGUCAUGAAGAAACCCCUUUAGUUCAAAGCUUUAUCACAAGGAAUACACCAGAAAAAGCUACCCAUAGUCCUGUUGGAGAAGGACAAAACUGUCAGUCUGACCAGUCUGGAGCAGUAAGGAAAUCUGCAAGAACUAUUAUCCCUCCACAAAGAUUUAACUCAUAUGUCACAUGGCAUGCUCCAUUAUUUCAUGUCUCAUUAAAAGAUGCAGAUGCUAGCAACAUUCAGCUGAAGUCAAGAAACGAAGCCCCUCUGUCUUCAGUUGAGGAAACAGGGAAGUUAGUGUUGGAAUCAGGACAAAAAGAAUCACCUGAGCCAUCGCGCACAGGGUCAGAAGAUCUGCACCAUGUUGUGGUUGAAACUUCGGCUAUGAAUAAAAAGAGUCCUGAAAAGCACAGUCCAGAAAAGGAAACUGAUGGUAGAAGGCUACGGUCAUCAACAAGAAAACUACAGGCUUCACAAAUGUACCAAAGCUCAUUAAAUGACAGCAAUAUCAAGGCUGCCUGUGUUGCCAUCCCUCCUGGCCUCCAGGUCCACUUCGUUAGUCCAAUUAAGCUCAUGUUUGUGUCACCAGUGAAGGACAAAGAUGGAGUUAAAUACAGUCUCAAAUCGGCAGGUAAUGGUUUUGGUGUACGAACAGAAGAUCAUUUUGACCCCUGUGAAGAGUCUUCAUGGUCAGGAACACCUCAGAGGCACAAAAGGCAGAACAAAGAGAGUGCAGCAUCACCAGUAAAAUCAGUUCUCACACCAGUCAAAUCUGUUACCCCAUGUACAUCACCUGCUUCUUCACCAGCAAAGUCUGCAUCCUCACCCAGGUCUGCAUCUUCACCGAAGUCUGCACCUUCAACGAAGUCUGCAUCUUCACCGAAGUCUGCAUCUUCACCGAAGUCUGUAUCCUCCCCAAAGUCUAAAUCUUCACCGAAGUCUGCACCUUCACCGAAGUCUGCAUCUUCACCGAAGUCUGUAUCCUCCUCAAAGUCUAAAUCUUCACCGAAGUCUGCACCUUCACCGAAGUCUGCAUCCUCCCCAAAGUUUGCACCGUCACCGAUGUCUGCAUCUUCACCGAAGUCUUCAUCGAACCCAAAGGAGACGCUACGCUGGUGGGCACCAUCAGUUGAGGAGAAGAUGAUGAGCCAGGAGUUCGCCGAGAGAAUACGGGUUAUCUCUGACACCUGGGUCUCAGAUGCUGCCAAUAACAGAGACAAGGGAAGAGCCUUAAACUCUAAACUUGACACUGAAGGGAACAACUCAUCUUCCAGGACGUCGAAGAAAUCCUCAGUGAUUCGAACGCUGUUCGACUGCUCACCCAACAAACCGAGGUCUUGCAGCAUGAGGCAGAUCUGCUCCUGGUUUAUGGAGACCACAGAAACACAGUCUCUGGCGAUUGUCAAGAAGGCAAGCUCCCGAAAUCCUUAUGAACUUAUGCACUUCCCCCGUUCUGCCAGUAAAACAAGUGUUUGCCAGAGUCCUCAAGCAGAGAGACUUCGCAAGCACAUCAAGAAGUUUGCUAAGACUGUUCCAAAGAGUCCUCUGCAGCAUCAGCGGGCUCUGCAGCGACUGAGCAAGAAGCCAAGGGAAGAUUAA